AUGUCAAAGACGUCGGGGAGUAGUAAGGCUGAUCUGGUCGCGGAUCAAUCGCUGAGCAGGCAUUUAUUAUUCGUCUUUGCGGUCGUCGCGGGUAUUCGGUCACUGUGCGCGCGGUUUAGUAUUAUACCCGACUGCGACGAAGUAUUUAAUUAUUGGGAACCCACUCACUACUUGACUCAUGGGUUCGGUCUGGAGACGUGGGAAUACUCGCCAGUGUACGCGAUCCGGAGCUGGAGCUACGCGUGGAUCCACGCCGUUCUUGUCAAUCUCUGUCGGCUGAUUGGAUUUUCGGAGGCCGGUCUCUUCUUCGCUCUGCGAGCAGUUUUAGGAACGUUCUGUGCAUUCUGUGAAGUCCAGCUCUACGGAUCGCUAUUACGAAACGUGUCCCAAUCCGCUGCGCAAUGGUUCAUUUUCUUCUCUCUCACCGCAACCGGGAUGUUCCAUGCCUCAGUGACAUAUCUCCCGUCAUCUUUCUCAAUGUAUUUCACAAUGCUUGCGUAUUCCAAGAUCCUGGAACCCGAAAGCCUGCACUCUCCUGGACCGGCUAUUCUCAUGUUUUCCGUCAGCGCGGUUCUAGGCUGGCCUUUCUCUGUCGCGGUCGCGAUUCCAUUCUUUAGCGAAAUCUUGCGUGAGCUGGUCUCGGACCCAGCGAGAUGGAAGAUCGCGCUGCGAAUCGUCAAAGCGGGGCUUUUGGCUCUGACGCUGCUUGCCGGAGUGGUCGCGUUCGAUUCGUACGCUUUUCAAAAAUUACAGAUUGUACCACUCAAUAUCGUGCUUUACAACGUUCUGGGAACCGACGAGACCGGCCCUGAGAUUUUUGGCACCGAGAAAUGGACUUACUAUGUGUUUAAUUUGCUGCUCAACUUUAAUGUUGUCGUUCUGUUUGCAAUUUUGUCAGCUGCUGUCAUGGUAAAUAUGACGUUCUUAUACAGUUCCUUGUCUACGACCAAAAUCAUCACAAUUCUAUCGCCUCUUUUCCUUUGGUCAAUAAUAUUUUUCAGACAACCCCACAAAGAAGAGCGGUUUUUUUACGUUGUAUACCCGUUAAUAUGCAUGAAUGCCGCGAUCUUCGUCGACUCGUUUAUAGUACUGGGCAAGCGCUUGUUUGAGAUCAUAGAGGUGCCCGCUUCCACGAUCAGAGCGCUGGACUAUAUUGUUCAUAUCGAGGUCGUGGCGUUGGUUACUUUGAUUGCGUUUUCGAGAAUUGCUGCGCUGCACUCGUUUUACUUUGCUCCGCUUGAGGUAUACGGCGCUCUAUUUGACGAAAAUGCAAAACUCGGGUCUCAGGACAGUGACAUACUAAAUGUAUGCGUCGGGCGUGAAUGGUACCGGUAUCCGUCGUCCUACUUCCUUCCUGAGAAUAUGAGACUGAAGUUUAUACAAAGUGACUUUGACGGAAUGCUGCCGACAGAAUUCGUGGGCGAGUCCUGGCUUGACGGGGCGUCGCGCGUGCCAGCCGGCCUGAACAACGUCAACAAGCAGGAGCUGUCGUUCUACGUCCCAGUAAGCGAGUGCGACUAUCUCGUAGACUCGAACUUUACAGUUUCUGAUGUCGAAGGAACGCACGAGCAGCAGUACGUUGCCGACACGGAAUGGUGGCAGGUGGUGAACUGCUCGCGACUGUUGGAUAAUGACCAAAGUAGUUUGCUGGCACGGAUAUUCAAGCUGCCGGAGGCGGCCGAGGGGAUGAUCCUGGAAACGCCAUUGUAUCAUAGGACGUGGGUGUCGUACUGUUUACUGAAGUCUGUUAAGAGGUAA